AUGCCCAUGAACAAUUUUAAUGUAUUAUUUUGGAUGUCUUGUAUUUAUCCAUCACAAAUAAUCCCAGUAGUUCCAGAAAUACAUAAAAUGUAUGAAAUUGACUUGAAAAGUAUCUCUCCUGCAAAAUACGACUUUUUUAUAAAAAAUUAUUUCCUAUCAAACGAAAAUAUUCCGAUUAUAACUGAAGUCAGAUCACCACGAUCUAAUAUUCAAGGAUUUGUUUGUAUUCAUUUCAAUCGGGUAACUGAUACCUACAUUAAAAGCUUGUAUUGUUUUUCAAAAGAUUUUACAAACAUUGAUCAGAUAUUUGACCAACUUUAUUUUACUAAAGCUAUAGGACAACAUAAUAUUCUUAGCAUACAAAUUCCUUCAAUGUUGUUUAAUAAUGCUCUAGAGUCUCAGUAUAGUAUUAUAGUCAAAAAAAUUUUUAAAAAUAUUAGAGAAAUAGAUUUGAUAAUGCAAAAUGAUUAUGUAGAAUUUUUAUUGUUUAAUAAGCUUGAUAUGAUUUUGUCAUCUCGUCAACUUCUUGAAGAAUUAACAAACAGAUCUGGAUCAGGAAUUAGGCAUUCUUUAGAAAACGAAGAUUACAUUUUAGCAUUUUUUGAUAGAGAUUAUGAUAAGAUUAUUAGUUUUAUAAAUGAAUUUAUUCUGUUAUUACAAGGAGAUGGUGAAGUGUUAAAACGUGAGCUACCUAUGUUUCUUAUAAACUUUAUUAAAAAUAAUCUAAAUACUUUUUGGAAAGAUGAACUUAUGCUCUCUAAUAAGGAUUUUGAUACUUUUAAAGAUAUUCAUCUAUUAAACUGCUUUUUUUUAGAUCUAGCUAACUUAUUUGAUUUAACUGAGGAUCAAAACCACAAAUUUGAACUUUUUGAUCAUGAUCAAUGUAUCGGAUCGCUUUUUGGUCAUUCAUUGGUGACUGUUUUAAUGCACUUUCAAGAAGAUAUUGAUGAAAAAAAUUUAAAAUGUUUUGUUUAUGACAAGAAGAAAAACGUGUUGAAAUAUAAAAUAAUAGUUGAUUCAACAAAAAGAAUUAUUUUUUUUAUGCUUGACUUACGUUAUUUGAAAGAAUCUAAUAUUAGACAAAUAGAUUGUAUAGUUCAGACUCCCCAAAAUCGUUAUCAAUCAUGUGAUAUUAAUUUAAUUGAAUACUUAGAAUAA